AUGUCCUUCCUCAUGAAGAUCAUUUCUAAACCCCAGAACCCUGACCCGCUGCAAGGCAGUGAAAGUCAGGCGGGCGGGGCUCCCCGGGGAGAGACCGGCCCAUUUCAGGAGGAUCCCGGGGAUGCCCUGUUCCUAGGUGGAAUAAAACUCCCUCGGGCGCUCAGAGGAAAGCCCAAGCUGACCGCCCCCGGCCCAGGCAGCCCUGAAACCAUAGGCGCCUCUGAGGAUUGCGCAAGUCUUUUCCUCCCCCGCCUGCUCGGUGGCAUGUUUCUAAAAUUCCCAUCUGCACAACAUAAACAGGAAACGUGCAGCAAAAAGCCUUGGCGGUGCAAAUUCCAAGCUUCCAGCGAGGGCGGGAGAAUCUCCUCCGUGCUGCCGGAGUGCCUGACCUCCGUGGCGGCGAGUGGCAAGGCCGCGCCCGACCGCCCACUUCCCGAGCCGCGUUGCCCGAGCGGCCUCGGAGCGCCGCGUGGGCUCGCGAACGCCGGGAACCGGGUCGCCGAGCCCUCUCGGGUGGGGCGGGGGAGGGGCGGGCGCGCGGCGCGGCGCAGGCGCAGUGUGCGCCUCGGUUGUCAAACAUGGCUGAAGCGCCGCUGCUACCGCUACAGCCGCCGAAGGGAAAAUGCUGAGCUCGCCCGGGCCGGGUGGGCGGCGGCGGCGAGGGCGGCGACGGGAACCCGCUUCCCGGGCGCGGCGGCGGCGGUCAUGGCUCGGCUGGCGGACUACUUCAUUGUGGUAGGCUACGACCACGAGAAGCCAGGACCAGAAGGUCUGGGGAAAAUAAUUCAGAGAUUCCCACAGCAGGACUGGGAUGAUACGCCUUUCCCGCAGGGAAUUGAAUUGUUUUGUCAGCCUGGUGGAUGGCAUCUGUCCAGAGAGCGGAAACAGCCAACAUUCUUUGUGGUGGUCCUAACGGAUAUUGACUCAGAUCGACAUUACUGCUCAUGCCUAACCUUCUACGAGGCAGAGAUCAAUCUCCAGGGAACAAAGAAGGAAGAGAUUGAAGGUGAAGAAGUGUCUGCUUUAAUUCAACCUGCAGAAGUGUUUGCUCCCAAAAGCCUCGUCUUGGUAUCCAGAUUAGACUACCCAGAAAUUUCUAGGGCUUGCUUAGGUUUGAUCUAUACUGUGUACGUGGACAGCUUAAGUGUCUCUUUGGAAAGUCUCAUUGCAAAUCUUUGUGCUUGCCUUGUCCCAGCUGCUGGAGGGUCUCAGAAGCUAUUUUCCUUGGGUGCAGGAGACAGACAGCUGAUCCAGACUCCUUUGCAUGACAGUCUUCCUGUCACAGGCACUAGUGUGGCUCUUUUAUUUCAGCAAUUAGGAAUUCAAAAUGUCCUCAACCUCUUUUGUGCAGUUCUUACAGAAAAUAAGGUUCUCUUCCAUUCAGCAAGUUUCCAGAGACUUAGUGAUGCCUGUAGAGCCUUGGAAUCUUUAAUGUUUCCUCUUAAAUACAGUUACCCUUAUAUUCCCAUUCUUCCUGCUCAACUACUAGAAGUUUUGAGUUCUCCAACUCCUUUCAUUAUUGGAGUACACUCCAUCUUUAAAACUGAUGUUCAUGAGCUUUUAGAUGUCAUCAUAGCAGAUUUGGAUGGAGGCACUAUUAAAAUCCCUGAAUGCAUUCACCUCUCUUCUCUUCCGGAGCCACUUCUUCAUCAGACUCAAGCCGCACUUUCUUUGAUUUUGCACCCUGAUUUGGAAGUAGCAGAUCAUGCUUUCCCUCCUCCACGAACAGCCUUAUCCCACUCAAAAAUGCUGGAUAAAGAAGUACGAGCAGUUUUCCUUAGGUUAUUUGCACAACUGUUCCAAGGAUAUAGGUCAUGCCUCCAGCUCAUACGCAUCCAUGCUGAGCCUGUGAUACAUUUUCACAAAACAGCUUUCUUGGGGCAGCGUGGUUUGAUUGAAAAUGAUUUCCUCACUAAAGUGCUCAAUGGAAUGGCAUUUGCAGGUUUUGUUUCAGAAAGAGGGCCUCCAUAUAGAGCCUGUGAUCUCUUUGAUGAGUUGGUAGCUUUUGAAGUAGAGAGAAUUAAAGUUGAAGAAAAUAACCCACUGAAGAUGAUAAAGCACAUCAGAGAACUUGCUGAGCAACUAUUCAAAAAUGAGAAUCCAAACCCCCAUAUGGCGUUCCAGAAAGUUCCACGCCCAACAGAAGGAUCCCAUUUGAGAGUUCACAUUCUUCCUUUCCCAAAGAUUAAUGAAGCCCGGGUUCAGGAACUAAUACAGGAAAAUCUUGCUAAGAACCAGAAUGCACCUCCUGCUACAAGAAUAGAAAAGAAAUGUGUGGUGCCAGCAGGUCCACCUGUUGUUUCAAUAAUGGAUAAAGUGAUAACAGUUUUCAACAGUGCACAGAGACUGGAAGUUGUUAGAAACUGCAUCUCAUUCAUAUUUGAAAAUAAAACUUUGGAGACUGAGAAGACCCUUCCUGCUGCCUUAAGGGCCCUUAAAGGAAAAGCAGCAAGACAGUGUCUCACUGAUGAACUGGGUUUGCACGUCCAGCAGAACCGGGCAAUACUGGAUCAUCAGCAGUUUGACUACGUAAUAAGGAUGAUGAAUUGUACUCUGCAGGAUUGUUCAAGUUUAGAAGAAUACAACAUUGCUGCAGCACUACUCCCUCUGACCAGUGCUUUCUAUAGGCUUCCUGACGGCCGGUAUCAGGAGAAGACAGCAAUGGACUUGGCAGCCGAGCAGCUUCGCCUUUGGCCUACUCUGAGCAAGUCCACUCAGCAGGAGCUGGUGCAACACGAGGAAAGCACUGUCUUCAGUCAGGCUAUUCACUUUGCAAACCUCAUGGUCAACCUGCUAGUUCCACUAGACACAAGUAAAAACAAGCUUCUUCGAGCAUCAGCUCCAGGAGACUGGGAAAGUGGGAGCAACAGCAUUGUCACAAACAGUAUUGCAGGAAGUGUAGCUGAGAGCUAUGAUACAGAGAGUGGGUUUGAAGAUUCAGAAAAUAAUGAUGUUGCCAACUCCGUUGUAAGGUUCAUUGCCCGAUUUAUUGACAAGGUUUGUACAGAGAGUGGAGUGACUCAGGACCACAUCAGGAGUCUCCACUGCAUGAUACCAGGAAUUGUAGCUAUGCACAUUGAGACCCUAGAGGCAGUACAUCGAGAGAGUAGAAGACUUCCACCUAUCCAGAAGCCCAAGAUUCUUCGACCAGCUCUACUGCCAGGUGAAGAAAUUGUAUGUGAAGGUCUUCGAGUCCUGCUGGAUCCUGACGGUCGGGAAGAAGCCACUGGAGGUCUCCUUGGAGGUCCUCAGCUCCUGCCCGCAGAAGGCGCCUUGUUCCUUACCACUUACAGAAUUCUCUUCAGAGGGACACCACAUGACCAGCUAGUUGGUGAACAGACAGUUGUGCGGAGCUUUCCCAUUUCCUCCAUCACCAAGGAGAAGAAGAUAACCAUACAGAACCAGUUGCAGCAGAACAUGCAAGAAGGGCUGCAGAUUACAUCGGCAUCUUUCCAGUUGAUUAAAGUAGCAUUUGAUGAAGAAGUCAGUCCAGAAGUGGUAGACAUCUUUAAAAAACAGCUAAUGAAGUUCCGUUAUCCUCAGUCCAUUUUUAGUACCUUUGCUUUUGCUGCUGGACAAACUACCCCACAAAUCAUUUUACCCAAGCAGAAAGAAAAGAACACCUCCUUCCGAACUUUCUCAAAAACAAUUGUGAAAGGUGCCAAAAGGGCAGGAAAAAUGACGAUUGGGAGGCAGUACUUAUUGAAGAAGAGGACGGGGACAAUUGUGGAAGAGAGAGUACACCGUCCUGGGUGGAAUGAAGACGAUGACAUUUCUGUUUCAGAUGACAGUGAACUCCCAACAAGUACAACCCUGAAGGCCUCAGAGAAAUCUACAAUGGAGCAGUUGGUGGAGAAAGCAUGUUUCAGAGAUUAUCAGCGCUUAGGUUUGGGCACUAUAAGUGGCAAUUCAUCCCGUUCAAAACCAGAGUAUUUCCGAAUCACUGCCUCCAACAGGCUGUAUUCACUGUGCAGGAGCUACCCUGGCCUUUUAGUCAUCCCUCAAGCUGUACAAGACAGUAGUUUACCAAGGGUAGCCCGCUGCUAUCGACACAAUCGCCUACCUGUCGUAUGCUGGAAGAACUCAAGAAGUGGUACUCUGCUCCUCCGAUCUGGGGGAUUCCAUGGGAAGGGAGUUGUUGGUCUUUUCAAAGCACAGAACUCCCCUCAAGCCGUUUCUACCUCCUCUUUGGAAUCGUCCAGUAGUAUAGAGCAGGAAAAGUACUUGCAAGCCUUACUGACUGCAGUUACUGUUCAUCAGAAACUCAGAGGCAACAGUACCCUUACUGUCAGGCCAGCACUUGCCCUGUCCCCAGGGACUGAAAGGAGGACUUCAAGAAUGUCCACUGUGCUUAAGCAGGUAGUGCCAGGACAUUUGGAUGUAAACCCAUCCAAUAGCUUUGCUCGAGGAGUGCAUGGGUACAGAGACAAAUGUUUCACUCAGUCAAAUCCCAAAUCUUCAACUAAGGAAACAGUUCAUAAUCAAGGCGUAUGGGCAAGUCUUCGUUCCAGCACCCGUUUGAUCAGCUCUCCAACAUCCUUCAUUGAUGUUGGUGCCAGGCUGGCAGGCAAGGAUCAUGCAACCUCCUUCAGUAACAGCACCUACUUACAAAACCAGCUCUUGAAACGACAAGCCGCCCUUUAUAUAUUUGGUGAAAAGUCACAGCUAAGGAGCUUCAAGGUAGAAUUUGCUUUAAACUGUGAGUUUGUUCCUGUUGAAUUCCAUGAAAUCCGACAAGUGAAAACCAGUUUUAAGAAGCUGAUGAGGGCUUGUAUCCCGAGCACCAUCCCUACGGACUCAGAAGUGACGUUCCUGAAGGCCCUGGGAGAUUCUGAGUGGUUCCCCCAGCUUCACAGGCUAAUGCAGCUGGCUGUGGUUGUAUCAGAAGUACUUGAGAAUGGGUCUUCAGUUUUGGUGUGUCUAGAAGAAGGCUGGGACAUCACUGCACAAGUGACAUCCCUGGUGCAGUUGCUCAGCGAUCCAUUCUACAGGACAAUUGAAGGCUUCCGGAUGCUGGUUGAAAAAGAAUGGCUCUCUUUUGGUCAUAAAUUUAGCCAGCGCAGCAGCUUGGCCCUUAACUCUCAGGGCAGCGGUUUUGCUCCCAUCUUCUUGCAGUUCUUAGACUGCGUGCACCAGGUUCACAACCAGUAUCCAGCUGAGUUUGAGUUCAAUCUCUAUUACCUGAAGUUCUUGGCUUUCCACUAUGUGUCUAAUCGCUUUAAAACGUUUCUUCUGGAUUCAGACUAUGAAAGAUUGGAGCAUGGAACUUUAUUUGAUGAUAAAGGUGACAAGCAUGCCAAGAAAGGCGUUUGUAUUUGGGAGUGCAUUGACAAGAUGCACAAGCGGAGCCCCAUCUUCUUCAAUUACUUAUACUCACCAGUGGAGUCAGAGGCCCUGAAGCCUAAUGUAAAUGUCUCCAGUCUCAAGAAGUGGGAUUACUACACAGAGGAGACUCUGUCUGCAGGUCCUUCAUACGACUGGACAAUGCUGGCCCCCAAGCUUUUUCCCUCUGAGGAGUCAGUUAUAGCUGGCGGAGUUGGGCCCCAGAGUCAAAGGAGAACAGUGUGGCCAUGCUAUGAUGACAUCAGCUGCAGCCAGCCAGAUGCCCUCACCAGACUUUUCAGUGAAAUUGAAAAAUUGGAGCAUAAAUUGAACCAGACUCCUGAGAAAUGGCACCAGCUAUGGGAUAAAGUAACCACGGACCUUAAGGAGGAGCCAAGAACAGACCAUUCCCAAAGACACUCAUCGGGGUCCCCAGGAUUUGUGUCUACCAACAUGCCUUCUUAUCAGAAGAGACCUGUGCUGCACCCAUUGGACCACAGAACUGGCGAGGAUCCGAAUGCCACCAUCGCCCCGUCCAAUGGCGUAGAGCACAGGGCAGCCACGCUUUACAGCCAGUACACAUCCAAGAACGAUGAGAACAGAUCCUUUGAAGGAACGCUGUACAAAAGAGGAGCUUUGCUGAAGGGUUGGAAACCCCGCUGGUUUGUUUUAGAUGUAACAAAACAUCAGCUCCGAUACUAUGACUCGGGGGAAGACACGAGCUGUAAAGGCCACAUCGAUCUGGCUGAAGUAGAAAUGGUUAUGCCUGCCAGCCCCAGCAUGGGAGCCCCAAAGUAUACAAGUGACAAGGCUUUCUUUGAUCUCAAGACCAGCAAGCGUGUCUAUAACUUCUGUGCCCAAGAUGGACAGAGUGCCCAGCAGUGGAUGGACAGGAUCCAGAGCUGCAUCUCUGAUGCCUGAUGUGGCCCAUGAUUGUCCAAGCACCAGAGCUGGAGGAACUCAUCUGCCAGACAGGAGCGGACAAUGGUCUCCCAGGGCCUGAGGUCCUGCUUACCCUGUCCCCCCUGAAACAGUUCUUUGUCACACAGGCCCCUCACGGCAUCAUUCCAACUGGAUGUAAGUGGCUGGGGUCAGAGAAGGUUCCCAAACUUGCUGCCAUUAUUUCCUAGGAAAGGUAGCUACUACCUGAGUCCUCAUGAAGGUCCUUUUUGUUCUCCAUGGGCUUAAUUUCCUUCGAGAGCUUUUGACAACAAAAAUCCACACCCUCUAAAGGUCAUAAUAUGUCUUGCAUGUGUUUCCCAUCCGAAACACCUACUUUUACGCCUGACCUUUGAGAUGCUCAGUUCCCUGGUGCUGCCAAAAGGUGCUUUCAUGGACCCUGCCCUGCCAGGGAGCUUCACUGUGCAGUAGCAGGCACAGGAUUCCAGUGGGAAAAGCAACAGUGGUGGAUAAGACCUGAGCCAGCACAGGAAAACACUGCUGCAAGCCACUGGUCCUGGGGACACAGUGUGCGUGUCCCAUCCCCUCCUGUUCCUGGACAGCUUUCUGUGAAGUAACAAGCACACCGGCAUUGACCUCCUAACUGAGGAGCCCACUGGAGAUGAGGCCAGCUGCUCACCAGCACGCACCUGGGACAAAGGCAGACAGACAGACAGCACUACUCCUAAGAACUGGCAUCCACCGUCCAGUUACAGUAACCCUGUUUCUCCAGCCGAGAACUCAAGAAUGCUGUUCACCUCCAUGAACCUGAGCAGCCGCUGCAGCCACUGGGCCGCUGGUGGCCUGACUGAUGUGUUUUGACAUGUUUAUAUGUUAAAUACCAAACUAAUAUUUCAAAAUAUGUAUAUAUGAUUUCUAUAUCCUGAUUUUUCAGAUAGCCUGCUUAUAAUUUAAUAUAAAAAUAACUAAACUGAUCAUAAGAUUUUAGUAAUAAAAGAUUGUUCCCUUUUUAAAUAAAAACUACUUUGUAGAUUAAAAAUAAAUCAAAUUUUCAAAUUAAAAUUAUCAACACACUAGGAAAUAGAACUGUAUUAAUAUAUUAGAAAUUGGAAAAUAAAAAUGAAGGAAUUUUUUAUCAUAUUCAUUUUAUAAAUUUGCCACCUGUGAAAACAGUUUUUGCACAUUAUUUGUAUUUUUCUUUGUAUAUGAAAUAAUUUUUUGUACUUUGUAAAAUAUGGAGCCCACUGUACUUCCAGCUCUUUGAGACUGUGCCCACUACUGCUUUUGUAACUGGAUUCUUUUAACUUUCUUAAAGGCAUUACAAGCCUUAAGUUCACUAACCACCCAGAAUUAAAUUUAUUUCUUAAGAAAAUA